CUCCUACCAACACUUGUCUUCUUCCCCCUUUUUUUCAUCAUUUCACACACACACUCGCCAUUGCUACUGUGUGUGAACAGAAAAGCGCCUGCUAUGGAAUUUCUUCAUGCUUUAAAUGUUGGCUAGUGUACAAUUAUCGUCUCCGAUGAUUUGAGCUGGUUUGGAGCUACUACAGAAUGGAUAAUCUGUGGCAGCCGACCAAAUGUGGUUCGACGUGCCAGUCAUCGGCGGACCCCGCUGUGGUGGCUCCGUCUCCGGUCUCUCAAGUUCAGUCACAUGAUUCUUCUAGGAAUUCGAUGAUGAAUCCAAAUCAUUACUAUUAUCCACAUGUUGUUCAAGAACCAUGUUCAUCAACCCGUAAAAUGAUGGCUGAUCCCUUGUUCCAAGCUACCAAUAUCAAUUUAUACAACUCAAGCAUCUCAGUGAUGGGCUCUUCAUUUUUUACCCUCCUUUCUGGACCACCUGCAUCUUUCUCCAAAUAUGAUUCUCAACAUGUAUUGAGCUCAAAGCCAUCCAAUACAUCAAGUAAAGUUCAAGUCCACAAUAACAGCUCUAUUGUGGGUCCCACAGAAUGUGAACCUUCAUUUGAUAACCGCUACCUGAAGUCCAAAGUUGAUGCCUCUCCAGUUGUUCCAGUCAGAACUUUGGCAAGUGAUGGUGGAAACACUGCUUGUUUGCAUGAUAUUGUGCAGGUUAGAAAAGCAAGUGAUCCAAGCUUAGAACCUGCAAAGGCAGCCAAUUAUCACACAUCUCAUGGCAUUGAACAAUUGAAUGGCUUUUCUUCUCUGAAAGCUCCACCAACUUGUGGUUUACCACGUGUGUUUUGUCUGUAUGCAAGUGGUGAUCUGUUUCUCAGUAGUAGUGGACUCCUAGGAGUUGUUUGCUCAUGCCAUGGCAUUCGUAUGUCAAUCUCCAAGUUUUCAGAGCAUUCAGGUUUGCAAGAUGUUAAUCCUGGAGAUGCUGUCCAUACAGACAGUGGUGAGACCAUAGCUCAGUGGCGAAAGGUCUACUUCAGUAAAUUUGGGAUUAGGAUACCUGAAGACCCCCAUGGAUGGCACUGGCCUCAAGGAUUCUCUGCAACUCCUGAUUUGGUAAAGAAGAGUGAGAGGGCACCCAACAUGUCAAGAACUUGUGAUCUCUCCAAAUCACCUAGACCAUUUAACAACAUGGUAUUCCCAGAUAAACAUCAUUCAAGCCAGAAUUUGGUUAAUGAGAUACUAUGUCAUGAAGCUCAGAGGGACACCCAUGAUAAUCAUGAUGGCUUCACCAAAACAUCUCAGAGCAAUGUACAGAGUGGGGCAGCUAACAAGAUUAUGGAGCAGCUUGUGUCUGGUUGUUUGUCAAUGUCAAAGUUUGCAGGUGGACUAGAUAAUGCAUUUCAGUCUAGUCCAACAUACAUUGAUCCAAUCUAUAAGACCAAAAAUUCAUUCACCUCCCAAAAUAAAAGAAGCCUUGGUAAAGAUUCUGAUAAAUUCAACAGUUUAGGAGAUGUGGAUAAACCUGUAAAAGCUACAGUUUCUUCAAAUAUUGAGUUGAGACUAGGACAGCCAUCUCAACAAUCAAAUGCACCUGGUUUUCAUGCUUCCCGUGUUAGCAGAGUUAGCCAUCCCUUGGAGCUAGUUUCCUCUCAGCCGAAGCUUUAUAAUGGGAGUAACAGAAUUACUGAAGAAAGCAAGCAAGUUGUUGAUUGUGCUGCUCAAGCAGCUAAAUCCAGUUUAACUGAAGGACAAAAUCGGAUGAAGUUUUCGAAUCUCGGGUUUGGAGCCUUUAGCACAAGAAUGAGUCUUCAACCUGAGCAAGAGGCUACUAGAGUAAUGAAUCCACAUACACCUUUAUCGAGGCAAAAAAGUUUGAAAUAUAUGAACCAUGGUGAUGUUUCAUCUUCCUAUGGAUUUGGGAAGGACCAAAUUGUACCAGCUGUGAUUUCAUCAUUUCAAAUAAGAGACAGAGACACUGGAGUGCAUAAUAGCAACCACCUUUGCAAUCCUGAUCAAACUGGGCCUUCACUCCCAAGGAUUGGUAUAAGUGAAAAUAUCCGUUCAUCAUCUGGGCAUGGAAACUGCUGUCAGGGUACACCAUGUGCAUAUGUUCCAGACAAGUGCAGCUGUUGCAUACAAAGAAACACCAUGAUCGAAAAUUCCAAUCUUCAACUUCAAGGAAGAAAUUCUGUCAGUGCUUUUGGAGAACCAUCACAAAUCGGAACUUCUAACUUAAACCCUUCAGGUAAAAUUGGGGAAACGAUGAAGCCAAACUUAAAGAAAGUUGAAUUUAAUGCUUUUCAAUGGAAAGAUGUUCCAAGCAAAAUGUCAGGAAGGUGCCAUGUGCCAUGUAAAGACCAAAAAGCCAAGUUUUUAGAGGACACGAUUGAGGUCAAUGACCAAACUUCUGGUGUAGCUGAUCAACCUGUUCAGAAGGGUGAUUGCAUGAAGGAGCAGGUUAUGUCUAAUAUAUCAUCCAAAUGUUCUACCCCUGCGCUUACACAAGCAUCCGUGAAAAUCAGCAAUGGAGAUUCAUGUACUGAUGAUGCACACAACACUGGUUGUGCAAAGAACUUUGCUGUAGAUGAAGGUUCAGGGAUUCAGAAGAGCUCUGAUGAUGAUGAUGAUGAUGAUGAUGAUGCACUUGACAGUGGUGGCAACACUGGUUUUGAUGAUUCUGCUUGUAAAAUCAGUUUGAAAAAUGGAACUCGUAGUCUCAUUGAUGAGCUUAGGGUCAUAGACUCUUUAAGAGUGAAGAAAGUACAUAAUGGCCUCUCUAUGCAUGAAAACACCAGUUCAAUGAAAACAUUUGAGAAAGAUUUUGAAGCUGGAAAGAGAAAAAGAGAAACGAAAUUCAAAAUUCUUGGCACAUCAUUUCCUGCUUCACCUGUUUCUUCACUUUCUACUGGAAGUUCUGGGCAGUCCUCCCAAUCUCUGGAAGAUGUACAUAAAAGUACAGAGGAGCUUCUUUCAUGUAAGAAGUCAAAAAGGAUUUAUGAUGAUUGCCUUGAAAUUCGUGAAGGAAAGAAGACAAGGUUGGAUUUUGAUUUUUCAAAAAGAAAGCCUUGUAAAAGAAUUAUCAGGCCAGUAGUAUGUGGGAGGUAUGGUCUUAUCUCAAAUGGUGAUACAUCUAAACCAGCUAAGAUUUUUUCUCUUGGAAAGAUUCUUAAAACUUCCAAAAGAUGCAACCACACUCCUGGAAACAAAAUUAUAAAGAAAUCACCAGAAAAGGUGUUGAAGAAAUCUAGAAUUAGAGAAGGCAAUAGGCGAUCAGGGAGAAUUUCUAGUUUCAAGGAGGAUAAAUACAACAUAGGUCAAGGAGCUGCAGUAGUCAGUGAUGAAGAUUCUAUGGAAACCUCAAAAGACACUGAUACAUCAUACAUAUUGAAGAAAGAAAAGGAGGGUAGAAAUGAAAGAAGCCAUGGUAUUCCAGAUAAUGAUUUGGGCACCAAAACAAGGAGGAAAGUUAAGGAGGUUCGCAAACGCAGCAUAUAUGAGUUAAUUACAAAUGGAAAGGAUGCUACAAUCUCAAAGGACAUAGCUUCUGUACCUCAAGAUAACUUGAAGUGUGACAACAGUAAUAAUCUCCCUGGAGUAGACAAUAUGUACAGAUCCCAUGAGGAGCCAACACACAAGUCAACUCCAGAUGUGGAUAAAUUCUGCAACGUUUGUGGAGGCCUAAACAAUGAUGAAAUCAAUAGCUUGUUGGAGUGCAACCGAUGCUUGAUUAAAGUGCAUCAGGCUUGUUAUGGGGUUUCAAAAGUUCCCAAAAGUUAUUGGUGUUGCAGACCAUGCAGGGAGAAUGUCAGUAACAUGGUUUGUGUUCUAUGUGGUUAUGAAGGUGGAGUCAUGACUCGAGCUAUCCAUACCACCAACAUUGUGAGAACUCUUCUGAAUGCAUGGAAUGUCAAUUUCAAUGUGAUUCCAGAAUCUCAGAAAAAACCAAUUAUGCCCUCCUCAAUGCUACUGAAUAGUGUAACAGCAGGGGUUUUUGACUCUUCUGUUAAGCAAUGGGUACAUAUGGUUUGUGGACUUUGGACACCUGGCACACGAUGCCCAAAUGUUGACACCAUGAGCACUUUUGAUGUAUCUGGUGCUUCCCAUCCCCAAGGAAAUGACAAUGUGGUUUGUUCAAUGUGUAAACGUGGUGGUGGCUGUUGCAUAAGGUGCAGAGUUGUUGACUGUGUGGUUGACUUCCAUCCCUGGUGUGCCCAUCACAAGGGUUUACUGCAAAGUGAGGUUGAAGGAGCGGAUAAUGAGAAGGUUGGUUUCUAUGGGAGAUGUGAAGUUCAUGCAGCAAACAACUACAAUACAAAUUCUGAGAGCAUAGAGGUUGUGAGAGGUGAUGGAAAUGAAACAUGUGCUCGAACUGAGGGUUAUAAAGGACGAAAACGAGAAGGGUUUAGGCAUGAUAGUAAAGAGAAGGCUAGAUGUGUGGUUGGGCAGGAACAGGUAGACGCAUGGAAUCAUAUGAAUCAACAGCUUUCAUUAAAAAAACGGAUUCAAACAGCAACACAAGCAGUUCAAGAGGUUGUAGAGUCUGAUCCCCGGAAAGAAUAUGGUCGAUAUAAACAGUCAAAGGGUUGGAAGCAUUUGGUUGUAUACAAAUCUGGCAUCCAUGCUCUUGGUCUUUACACAUCAAUGUUCAUUUCACAGAGCGAAAUGGUUGUUGAGUAUGUUGGUGAGAUAGUGGGGCUACGUGUGGCUGACAGAAGAGAAAGCGAGUAUGAAUCGGGAAAACAGCUGCAAUAUAAAAGUGCUUGCUACUUUUUCAGGAUUGAUAAAGAACAUAUAAUCGAUGCAACCCGUAAAGGGGGGAUUGCCCGCUUUGUAAACCAUUCAUGCCAGCCAAACUGUGUGGCGAAAGUGAUAACGGUGCGGGGUGAAAAGAAGGUAGUGUUCUUUGCAGAGAGGGAUAUAUAUCCAGGAGAAGAGAUAACAUAUGAUUAUCAUUUUAACAAUGAAGAUGAAGCUAAAAAGAUUUUGUGCUCCUGCAAUUCAAAUAACUGCAAGCGUUAUCUCAACUAAAAGGAAUAUUAUAUUAUUUUUAUUGUUGUGCCAUUUGUACAAAUUUCUCAUUCUUGUGCUGGGCCCCAGUCAAAUGUAGUCUGUGUAUGUGUCUACAUGUACAGUUUUUGGUGGCUGCUCUUUUGUUGUUACAUUUGUAGUAGGAUUGACAACCUUUGAGGAUGUUCAUGUUGUACUUGUAGGAAAGAGAAAACCAGAAUCUCUUUUUCAUUUAUGUAUAUAACCAAUGCCUGCAAUGUACCUUGCUGUUUUUUGGUCUGAAUUUCAAAUCGUUUCAUGUUAUUGCAAUUUUUAUCCUAUAUUACUUCAGUUUCAG